AUGAAUUUGGUUUGGCUUGUGUCUCUGUCCGUUCUCUUUGUUGGGGCAUUCUCAGAAGCAAUUUCAAAACCUGGCGUGGUGAACAUUGGAGCUAUUUUCACGGUUGGAACUAUUAAUGGCAGAGUUGCAAAGAUUGCCAUGGAAGCUGCUGUAGAUGAUGUCAAUUCUGAUCCCAAUGUUCUCGGCGGCCGGAAACUGGUUCUCUCUUUGCACGACUCAAACUUUAGUGGAUUUCUCGGCAUUGUUGGGGCAUUACAGUACAUGGAGACUGAUACUGUAGCUAUUAUUGGUCCCCAACAUUCUGGCAUGGCUCAUGUACUCUCGCAUCUCGCAAAUGAACUCCAUGUCCCAUUUUUGUCAUUCACGGCAUUGGACCCCACUCUCUCACCUCUGCAAUACCCUUACUUUGUUCAAACAGCGCCCAAUGAUUUGUUCCAGAUGACUGCCAUUGCAGAGAUGGUCAGUUAUUAUGGUUAUAAGGAGGUGACUGCAGUUUUCUCAGAUGAUGAUCAGAGUCGAAAUGGCAUAACCACACUAGGAGAUAAACUUGCAGAGAGACGCUGUAAAAUUUCUUUCAAAUCAGCAGUCCCGCCUGACCCAUUGGCCACUCGGGAACAGGUUAUGGAUGAAUUAGUUAAGGUUAGAAUGAUGGAAUCUCGAGUAAUUGUGCUACACACUUACUCCAAAACAGGUCUUUUGGUUUUUGAUGUGGCCCAGGAACUUGGGAUGAUGGAAAGUGGAUAUGUCUGGAUUACUUCCACUUGGCUAUCUAAUGUUUUAGAUUCUACUCCAGUUUCUCCAAAUACUUCAAGCUCUAUCCAAGGAGUUUUGACUCUUCGCCCCCAUACACCCAAUUCGGAGAUGAAAAGAGUUUUCACAUCGCGCUGGAACAAGUUGAGUAAUGGCUCUAUUGGAUUGAAUCCUUAUGGUCUAUAUGCUUAUGAUACUGUAUGGAUGAUUGCUAAUGCAAUCAAACUGUUUUUCGAUCGUGGUGGUACCAUCUCAUUCUCCAAUAAUUCUAAUUUAAAUGGUCUUGGUGGAGGUGCUUUGAACCUUAGUGCAUUGAGCACUUUUGAUGGUGGGAAGCAGUUGCUUAGCAACAUACUGGCGACCAAUAUGACAGGACUAACUGGCCCUAGUGGAUUUAAUCCAGACAGAUCAGUGAUACAUCCUUCUUAUGAUAUCAUCAAUGUGAUUGGAACUGGGUUUCGGGAGAUAGGAUACUGGUCUAACUAUUCUGGGCUAUCUGUUGUGCCCCCAGAGACUCUCUAUGGCAAACCACCCAACCGUUCAAGUGCAAACCAGCAAUUAUUUAGUGUGGUAUGGCCUGGAGGAACAGAAAUUCAGCCUCGUGGGUGGGUGUUCCCANGGGCUAUCUGUUGUGCCCCCAGAGACUCUCUAUGGCAAACCACCCAACCGUUCAAGUUCAAACCAGCAAUUAUUUAG